UUCAAACCAAGCACGAGUGAGAAACGGGAAAGGAGUCACAGAGUGAAGACGCAGAGUUCGUGCGAGUCUAAACUUCACACCGAGUCGAUUUCUGUUUUCACAACAUGGAUGAGUUAAACACAAGGAGAAUUGUCAUCUUGGGAAAAACUGGAGUUGGGAAAAGCAGCCUGGCCAACACCAUAUUUGGAGAGAACGUGUUCAACACCUACCCUGGUCUCAACUCUGGAACAAGAAAAUGUGAAGCACAAACCAGAUCUGUCAAAGGAAGAAACCUCACUUUGAUCGACACCCCUGGUUUCUUUGACACAGACAGAGCAGAGGAGGACAUGAAGGCUGAGAUACUGAGGUGUAUCACAGAGUGCGCUCCUGGGCCUCAUGCUUUUCUCAUUGUGCUUAAAGCUGAGAGGUAUACAGAGCAUGAGAAGUCUGUCAUUGAGAAAGUACGAGACUAUUUCUCAGAGGAAGCUUUGAAAUAUGCAACAGUUCUCUUCACUCACGGUGACCAGCUUGAAGGAAUGAACAUUGAGAAGUUAGUCAACCAGAAUGACGCUAUGAAAGAUCUAGUUAAGAAGUGUGGCAAUCGGUGCCAUGUCAUUGAUAAUAAAUACUGGAAUGAAAACCUAAAAGAUAAAUACAGAAACAACCAGUUCCAGGUGGAGGAGCUACUUAAAACAAUAGACAAGAUUAUGCUGGCAAACAAUGGAAGCUGCUACACCAAUGCGUUGCUACAAGGAGUGCAAGAAAAAAUAAAACGAGAGGAGGAGGAGAUUAGAAAGUCAUCAGGAAACAUGUCUGGGGAAGAGAUCAGAAAGAAGGCUAAAGCCAGUGUACUUAAGAGUUUUUGGAUCAAAUUGGCAGGUGUUACAACAGGUGCAUUGAUCGGAGCUCUUUGUGGCGUAGCUGUGAUGGUUGGAUUAGUUUAUACAGUUUUACUGAUGCGUGCAGAGGGAAAACUUUUAAAACAAGCUAUAGAAAUGACAAUUGGAGCAGCAGCAGGAGGAGCAGGAGCAGCAGCAGCAGGAUCAGCAGCAGCUGGAUCAGCAGCAGCAGCAGCAGCAGCAGGAGGAUCAGCAGCAGCAGCAGGAUCAGCAGCAGCAGGAGCAGCAGCAGGAGCAGGAGGAUCAGCAGCAGCAGCAGGAUCAGCAGCAGCAGGAGCAGCAGCAGCAGGAUCAGCAGCAGCUGGAUCAGCAGCAGCAGGAGGAUCAGCAGCAGCAGCAGGAUCAGCAGCAGCAGGAUCAGCAGCAGCAGCAGGGGGAUCAGCAGCAGCAGCAGGAGGAUCAGCAGCAGCAGGAGUAGGAGGAGCAGGAGCAGCAGCAGGGGGAUCAGCAGCAGGAACAGCUGUAGGGACACUUACAGUGGUAGUUGCUGGAGUAGGAGCUGUGGCUGGUGGCAUUAGAGGCUAUGUUGCAGCUGAGGAGGCAGACACACCAUGGGAAGCAGUAAAGAUGGCAGCAGGGGCUGUCAAAGAUGACGCCAUAUCUUUCUCUGAUAAUACGGCUGGGUUGUUAAACAGACUAAUACAUCCACAUUCAGGUCGGGAUGGAAAACCAAACUGAGUGUAGACUGAGAGUAGACUGCAUGGAAAACUCUCAACUCGGUCUGAUUUAGUUUACUCAUAAAUAUUUACUGUAUAUGUGAGAAAAAGAACAAAAAAAGAUAUAGGUUUAAAGAAAUAUGUGAAAUAUUUUGUUUCAACUAACACUAUGCAAGGUUUAAACUUUUGUUCUUUUGUUUUUGUGUCUGUUUUAAAAACUGACCAUAGAGUGUCAGAGUUUGAUGCGCUGUCUAGUGCAUGAACUGUUAACAACCCAAAAACUUCUGACAUCAUCAAUGACAGUUUUUAACUUUAUUCAUGAAUCUGAAUUGUUGAAUAUAAUUGAAACUAGUGUUCAAACCAUUUAAAAUAUGUCAUUAUAUUAACAGCAAACAAAAUCACAUUUUGUUUUGUCCUGCAGAUAUAAUGUAAAUUGUGACUUAUAUCUAAAAAGAUAUAAUACAUAAUAAUAAUAAUAAUGAACUUGAGGUUUGUGAUGUCCUUCAGAAACAAUGUCAAAGACUAACUGUAAAAAUUUACUUUUGACAAUCAUUUCAUACCAGAAGAAGGUUAAGAUAUUCACUAAGAUAUUGUAGAAAACAAAAUUUAAUUUAAUCAACUGUUUUUAUUCUUUCAUCCACUUUCAUUCACUCAUGACAGGAAGGUGAUUGUAACAAGGAAAACGUCUGAACUGGAAAUAGCUUCUGUACUAUCCAUUUGUUUUCUUCUUUAGAACAGAUAUAAAUUAAUAAAUGUUGACUGUAUUUGAGAGACCACUUUAACUUCAGGUCUACCGAUGACAGUCUCUGCUCAGUUGUCAUUUUCUUUAAUUUAGUAAUUGAUGGCACUUGUUGACUUUAACCUGUUUAUCUUAUAUGACCUACUUUUUCCUUUUAUCUAACUGCAUUUUAAAACAAACAAUUCCACUUUUACUUUAAAUAAUUUAUUUGAAGUAACAGUACUUUUGCGUAAGUAAAAUAUUCUACUCCUCUUCCCAUUCCUGGUUGCUAUUUUAUUAUUACUAAUUUUGAUUAAUGCAUGCAUACAUAUACAGUACAGACGGAUGACAGUGCAGAGAAACAAUGAAGGGGAGUGAGGAAGAUUUUGCUGGAUGGUAAACUGUUCAAUGACAUGAAAUAAUCUGAAAUUGGUGGAUAGACUAUGACAAUGUGAUUUUUUUCUUUCUUUAUUAAUCUUUUGUCAUCUGAAUAUUACUACAUGAAAUGUAAAAAUGUAAUCAAACAAUAAAACAAUUCAUCAUCCUAAA